AUGGUUCAUAGUGUACAACAGAUGAUAUCCAAUUUAUCCAUUGAAAAUUAUUUCAAGGAUAGAGCAAUUCUUGCACCAAUUUUGGAUUGUGUCACUGAUGUCAACAACAAGAUGACUGCAGGGUUACCUGGACAAGAAAGAGUCUACUUAAGUUCAGACUCUGUGUGUGCUGAAGAGGGAAAUAUGGAAUUUGAGUUAGAUGCUUUCUCACCGGAGAUUCUAAAUGGAAUAAAUUAUUCAAGUCUACCACCACACAAGUUGGUUCUGAAGGUUGGUGCUCCUGUUAUGUUGCUGCGCAAUAUAGACCAAACUAAUGGUUUGUGCAAUGGAAUGAGGAUGCAAGUUAGAAGAAUGGGAAAUCAUGUGAUAGAAUGCAAGACAUUAAGUGGUAACAAAGUUGAAAGUAUUAUUCUUAUCCCAAGACUGAAUCUAAUUCCAAAUAAUGAAACAUUGCCGGUCAGGUUUCAAAGAAGACAAUUCGCAAUUAUCAUGUCAUUUGCAAUGACAAUAAAUAAGUCACAGGGACAAACUCUAUCGAAAGUUGAAAUUUACCUUUCAAUGCCAGUUUACACCCAUGGUCAAUUGUAUGUUGCGUUAUCAAGGGUAACGAGUAAAGAUGGUGUGCGAGUGCUGUUGCAAGAUCAUGGACACUUGGAAGAUAACUGCACGAUGAAUGUGGUAUAUAGAGAAGUUUUUGAGAGCCUAUAA